GAGGUCAGUAUUUUUGGUUUCAAAGUUCUCGAGUUGCUAAGAAUUCGUUUUUCAAACUAAAAUUUGAAACAUUUAGUUCACGAUAUUUUGGACUUUAGAGCAGCAGCUACCCUGAGAGCAAACAACCAUGUUACCCGUCACUUCAUUUGACUGAACUAUAAUAUUUGUAACAAUUGUUUUGCAUUGUUUUCCAACGAAUUCUUUGCUUUUACUCAAAUGACAGUUGAGGGACAGAGAAGAAAUAUCCAGCAGGUGGCGCCGUGGAGUUUAGUGGCGGAAGUUACUCUGAGCAAUAUUUGGAUGACAUUUAUUCUGAAUUGAAUGUGAAUUUAUGACCCAGUCUUAAGCAGAAUCAUAAUCUAAAACUGUUCGAUGUGGAAAUUAGUGACCCGAGUUGUAGUUUUUGUUAAUAAAUCACAGCUUCAAGUGCCUCCAACUGUUUAGUUAGAAUACUGGUAAUAUGUUCGACGUUAAAUUACAAUUCAGUCAAUACUGUGCAGAAAACAAUAUUGUACAUAUUCCAAUUAAAGGUAAAUACUACAAGCAAAAGUGUCAUAAACUACAGUCAACAGUGAUUCCGAAUGAUAAAAUGUUUCUAUUGCACUAUUAAGCCUGGAUUCCUUUUUGUGCAGAUCCAGAUGUGCAGUCAGAAGACGGUGAAAUUUACUCUCAGUAACACGCUGUGGUUGUUGUCUCGAGCGCAUUGUUCCAGACAGCCUCCUAUUGGCUGGCUUUGCUCAGUGCUCUGCGCUGAUUGGGUGCAAUAGAAACGUUCGGAGCCCUCAAAUUGAUGUGACGGAGCUUCAUGAGUGUUAAAGGAGGGAGUUGAUGCCAGGAGACACAUCAUCGCCUGGAAUCAGCUUGGAUGUGUUGGGCCGUUUAUUGCGCUUAAAGUUCACUUUAAAGAGAAAAAGAAAACAGCCUGGGGAUUGAGGCUUCAGCAAAGCUUCUAGCAAGGAAUGCUGUGUUUGGGAAACUCCACUGACUGCCUCCGGGACCAAAUGCAGUCUAUGAUGAGGUCCUUGCAGGACCUGAAGCAGAUCAGCAGGCCGAGGCCGCUGAGUGAGCCGUGUGACCAGUCCUUCGCUGUCACAAGACUCUGCAAACAGAGAGCGCAGCAGGAGCGGCUCACUCGCCUCCGUGUGUCUGACGCCAGCGAGGCCAGCACCUACGACUCCGCCUGCUGCCUGGCCAACCCGCUGGAGGAGGAGGAAGAGCAGCGGGAACCAGAUCGGCUGGCGCGGAGCUCUGCAGCCAGCGAAAAGAGCGUGGAUUUGGACUCUGGUUUCUCCGAGGCUUCCUGGCAGGAUGAAGGUGUGGUGCUGAGAAGGACCAGAAACGUGCGAGUCUCCUCCUCCGCCUGCGUCCGAACAAACAGAGGAACCUCCGGCCGUGCCAGGCCAAAGUCGACGUCUGACGUCUGUUUGGAGCGAUGGACUUCUUUUGAAGCGAGCGAUUCGGAGGACUGGACCACGUCGCUGCUGAGCCGCAGCAGGAACAGGCAACCGCUGGUUCUUGGGGACAACAGCUUUGCUGACCUCAUAAAGAACUGGAUGGACCUACCUGAUCUUCCAGAACCAGCUGAGAUGAAGCCCUGCUCGGGGCGGCGUCUUGCGAGAGACAUUUUUGGCAACAUGCGGCGGAAGUUGGCAGGGAUGUCUAAAGGCGUGGAGCUGCGGCCGAAACCAGCAAACUGCACACGGUUGAGAAGAGCAGCGGAGGCUCCUCAGAGGAUGUCCUGUCCUGUGGGAUUUGAGCCUCUCAAGCCUUUCUUUCAUCAGUCUCACACAGGCCUGCAUCAGCUGGACACCGAUUUCUACAGGUUCUCUGCACUCAUGAAGACGGGCAGCCGGCAGCCCAUCAUAUGCAACGACAUCAUUGGAUAUAUUUGAAUGUCAUGUCUCGUCCAAAUACAUUUAAAUCAGACUGUUCUGGUGAAAUGUCACAAAUAAAAGUUUUUUAUAUAUUUA